CGAUAUUUCAUGGACGACCUGCCGCUCAUCGAUACGACGCACGCCACGCGGCUGCUCAAACAGCUCGCGACCGUCGUCGAGACGCAGCGCCUCGAACUUGCGCAGCUUGCGGCCAAGGUCGAUGCGCUUGAAGCGAGCGCGGCCGGGACCCGCCGCCAUCUCGCGGCCCACGACGCCCAUGCGACCGCGAUCGAUGCUCGACUUGGUCACGUGGAGGCCGAGCUGUCGCCCGCGACCGCGACCAGUCUCGGAGCGUUCGUGGCCCGGCUCUCGACGCAGUUGGCUGCGACCGAAGCGCGCUUGGAGGCCAAAGCCGACCUCGACGUGCUCCAUGCCGCCGACGACGCGUUGGAGCAUCGGCUGGUGCGGCGCCUCCAGCGCAACGAAGUCGCCAUUAGCGAGACAGCGCGCUUGGCCGAGAGACUUGAAGCCAGCGCCGCUGCGAUCCAAGCCCACGUGCACGUGAUCGAUGCGACGCUGCCGACCAAGCUCGACAAGAUGGACCUGGCCCAACUCGAGACCGCCAGCGCCAAGCUCACGGGCUUUGGCGCCCGCGCCGAUGCGCUCGACGUGGCGCUCGAGCUUGUGCAGGGCCGUCUUGAAUCGCUUCAAGUCCAAGUCGCCACAGACGUGCGAACGCUCGAAGCCGCGGCUGCGACGACGGCCGACGCGAUGCGGAGUACGUUCACUGACGCCGUGCACUUGCUGCGGACCGAGGUGCGAGCGUCGGCGUCGGCGACAGCGUCGGCUAUCAAAGGCAGCGAAGCGCGCCUCCACGAGCAGAUACAAAGCGAGAUUCGUCGUCUCUCGGAGGCCGCUUUGCACGCGCAGACCAAAUCGGACGCCAAUCUCCAAGGACUCGCGUCCGUCUUGCAGUCUUCCUGCCGCCAGCUACGCGACGAGGUGGCGCGAAAGGCGAACCGGAGUGAUGUCGUUUCCGCAACGAACGCGCUGACCUCGACACUGCAGACCAAGGUCGCAACCGAGGCCGCCCUAUUGUCGCUCCAGAGCAAGAUCGCGGCCGUCGCAAGCGUAUCCAACGAGAUGACGACCAAAGUCGAGAUUGCGCUGCGGUUUGUCGACUGGUUUUACGCCCGCGGCAGUGCGUACGAGCACAAUUUGCGCAGCGUCGAAGCGCAGCUCACGCAUUUAGCGCAGGCGUCGUCGUUGUCGUAGGAAUAAGAUUGCUUGCAAUUAUAAACGUACGGGUGUAUACUC